GGGGAGAUCCUUGGCUACUUUUCGCCGUGCGUGCUUGAGACGUUGCAGGAUGAAGCUGACACAAUCUGAACUGCUGCAUGUUCACUGGGAGUAACGAGUUUUAUUCAGCGGGAUUUACUCUGAAGUUCUCUUGGACUCCACAUCCGGACCUGAAGCAUGGCGGAGCUGCUGAGAACACAGGUAUCUGCUCUUUCUGCUUAUCGUUCGAUGAUGGCACACAGAGAACCACAUAAGCAGCCGCCCCGUGGCCCAUCUGUUUCCUCCAGAAGCCAGAAGAUUAAAAAACGGCAUACCGAGAGGCGAACGUCUGGGGCUCGCCCCGUUCCUUCAGGGGCCACCAAUGGGGAACAGCCCGGAGACUCCUGUCCUGACCUAGCAGCGGCAGAUGCUUCAGCACCGAAGCUGGCAAAGAGACGGAGGACAAAACUGUGCUCUCGCCCUGCAGCUACCUCAUCAACGGUGGGGAAAAGUUGCUCAGCUGCAGCUGUGCCACCAGUGGCUGUACAAGGAAAGGAGCAAGCUUCUGCCCAGCAGUUUCAAGCAGGCCCCUCACUCCAGUGCCUCCUUCAAGAGCUGGGGGAAGUCCAGCAUAGCCGGGAGAAGGCAGCCAGGCUCUUCAAGUGGCUGAUCGCCCCCGUCUCCUCUUGGAGGUUCUUUGACGAGCACUGGGAGAAGAAGCCCCUCCUCAUCCAGCGGCACAACCCAGCUUAUUAUGAGGGCCUCUUUUCCACAGCCGAGUUUGAUGCCAUCCUGCGCAAUCAGGACGUCCAGUUUGGCGUGAACCUGGAUGUGACUAGCUAUGAAGAUGGGAAAAGGGAGACGCACAACCCACUGGGCCGGGCCCUGCCGGCCGUGGUGUGGGAUUUCUACAGGAAUGGCUGCUCCCUCCGGAUGCUGAACCCCCAGGCCUUUUCUGCUACCAUCUGGCACUUCCUUUCUCUCUUGCAGGAGCAGUUUGGCAGCAUGGCUGGAGCCAACACUUACCUGACUCCUGCUGGGACUCAGGGCUUUGCUCCUCAUUAUGAUGACAUUGAAGCGGUCGUCGUCCAGCUGGAAGGAAAGAAGCACUGGCGGGUUUACCCCCCCAGGAACCAAGCGGAGGUGUUGCCCCAGUUUUCGAGCGCCAACUUUGCUCAGAACGAGAUCGGAAAGCCAAUUCUGGAAGCCGUGUUAGAGGCUGGGGACCUGCUGUAUUUCCCACGUGGUUUCAUCCAUCAAGGGGACUGCCUCCCGGAAGCCCAUUCACUCCACAUAACUGUCUCUUCAUUCCAGAGGAACUCCUGGGGAGACUUGUUGGAAAAACUCCUCCCAGCAGCUUUGCAGAUGGCCAUUGAAGAGGAUGUGGAAUAUCGCCAGGGUCUCCCUCUAGACUAUUUGGAAUACACAGGAGUCCUGAACUCAGAUGUGGUCGAUCCUCGUAGAACUGCCUUUAUGAAAAAAGUCCAUGCUUUGAUCACUAAGCUAAUAAACUACGCACCGGUUGACGCUGCAGUGGACCAAAAAGCCAAGAUUUUUUUUCAUGAUUGCCUCCCUCCAGUGCUGACGGAGACCGAAAGGGCACUCAGUGUCUACGGGCUUCCUGCCCGGUGGGAGAAUGGAGAUGUGUGUGAUGUUGAGGUCCCCUUCAAGGGAAAUACGCAGGUGCGGUUGCUUCGGCAUGGAAUCAUCAGGUUGUGCAGUGAAGGAGACAAGAUGCUGCUGUAUUACACCACCGAAAAUUCAAGGAUGUAUCAUAAGGAGGAACCCAAGUGCUCUGAAAUAGAGCCAGAAUAUACGGAUGGCAUUGAAUUUUUGCUCUCUUCUUACCCAAAGUAUGUCAGUGUGGAAGAGCUUCCGUGUGUCACCUUGGAUGAUAAGAUUGCUUUAGCUACUGUUUUGUUUGAAAAGGGACUGCUGAUUACGAAGACCCCCCUGUUUUCUGUGUAAUACAUCAUGUAUGGCCAAAACAAAUAUGCUCUGAAUAAGAAAGGGGGCGGGGAGAGAAAUACCCCUUUUCACCAUUCUUGGUACAAAUCCUUCCCCAAUACUGAUAGGUUGUUGGCCACCAAAAUUGCCCCCCUCCUCCCAAAGCUAGUUUCUUCCUCCCCCCUCCAACUCCCACAACAUGGCAGCGAUUAGAAAAUUUUAAAAGAACAAGAGUCCUAAAGGAUAGCUCCCAGAUAUUUGACAUAAAGAGUUGAUCUGGGAGUUAGAAAUGUCCUUCAGCUCAGUGUGGGCUGCAUUUGGGUAACAGCAGGGAGAGAUUAGCCCUUGGCUGGGGAUCUACAACAUUGGAAGCUGGCAAACAGGCAUGAGGUUUGGUGCUGCAUCUUCCUUGCUGGCUGUUUUAACAUCUUCAUUUCUAAGUUGCUUUAGCAUCAGGAUAAGGAAAAAAAGAUUUCCUCAAAACCAUGUGGAAGCAGUCUCUUUUGUACAGGUUAGAUUGGGCAGCCUGUCAUGUGACUCAGCUCCUUGCUGUUUUAGCUUGAGGGUGGGGUUUCAGAGGUCCUUUUUUCAGUGUUGAACAAAAAGAUUGAUGAAGGUGUGUCUUUCAAGCUUUUGCUCCCAUCCCAAAGAAAGAAACACUCAGAGCCCUAGGGAAAUGGGCAAAGUGGUCCAGUCUAGCAUGGUCCCAGCUUCUUUCCCUGGUGUAACAGUCAUUGGAAGACAAAAGGAGAUAAAAAUUCAGUUGAGGGUCUUGAAGGGUGACACGAAUCUUUAAAUAUCCUCCAUCUUUCCCGCUGAUGGAGAAGGAUGAGUGGGGCUACCGUCGACAAGACUCGUCUGGAAAGAAAGACAGAAAACAUGAAUUAUCAGAGUAAAAAGGGGGAGGAAAGCAUGAAUAAGGAAGCUAAUGCCGUCCCCAAGUAUAAGGAUUUCCAAAAGACAUUGCAGUUCUCAAGAUGGGCCUCUAGAUGGAGCGCCAAUACAGGUUUCCAAUGGCCAUCCUAAGCAGAUUCAAAACCCAUUGAAUUCAGUGCAUUUAGGGGGGUAAUUCUUAGCGUUGCAUUGCAAGGACCUGUUUGUAAAUCAAAUAAGGGAAACCUCUUUAUUUCUAACAUUUCACUAUAUGGCUUUGCUUCAGCUUUACAAGCACAAUUCCUGCCCACCCUCAGUGCAGUUUUCCAGGGUCUGCAUUUGAAUUAGUGUUUUCACACCUUUUAUAACCAGGGCUGUUUUGAAUGCCUCAUCCUUGCCUGCAGACCAUAUAAGAUGAUAACUCUAGGUAGGCAUUCACGUUAGUUUGUUUAAGCAAAAAUAAACAGGAGUCUAUUGGCACCUUAAAAACCAACAGUAUUUUACUCUACUAUAUGCUUUCAUGGUCUGGACCCGCACUCCUUUAGAUGCUAUGAGUGGAUUUUAUGUAGGAUAUAUAAAACAAAACAUAUAUAAAAAUGUAUGCAAUAAGUAGUAAAUAUGUGGGGGGAAAGUGUUUGAUUCAGACCUCCUGACACCAAAAACUGCUGGGGAAAAGGCUAACCUAGAACUAUAUAAUGUUGCCAACUCUGCACUCUUGGAAGGGAGAGAUCAUGGUGCACCAGACCAGGAAUGUAUAUGUUCUUCUGCAAUGGGAGAAGUUGGCCACUUUUUACUGCACCACCCCUUUUUUGUAAUUUUUGACAUGGGGCGUUUUCGCACUGACCUUAAUCGGCAGCGAUGCCCCUCUUCACCGUGCAGGAUCUGCGUGGAUUUCGCACCAAUUGCCACGGAGCACCCGGAAGAGCCGCAAAGCCCCGCGGCUUUGGCGGCGCAAAUGGAAACCGCCAAAAACCAGUUUCCAUUUGCGCCGCAAAAGCCGCGGGACUUUGCGGCUCUUCUGGGUGCUCUGCGGCAAUUGGUGCGAAAUCCGCGCAGAUCCUGCGCGGUGAAGAGGGGCGUUGCUGCCGCUUAAGGUCAGUGCGAAAACGCCCAUGAUUUCAUGACUCCAGGUAGAUUGAAGGAGUCAUCUAUUGUCUUUCUUCUGUUGGCCCACACGCCUUGGAUCAAGGAUUGAGUGGCCAGACUCCCUGCAGCUGCCAGAGCCUAGUAUUAUAAUUUGUGUAACUUUUAAAAAUGUAUCCUUUCUUGUAAUGCAUUUGCUUUUUUGCUAGUCUUGGCUGGAAUAAAUCAUUUAGUCAUUCA